AACCGUAUAAAGCAACUAACUAGAAUCAUCAGCGUCAUUGUUCAGACUUCAGAUACAUACUACCACACGCAUCUUAAACACCACCUCUACCCCGUUUUCCAAUUUUCAACGCUCUUGACAAUACUAAAAUUCAAAGCAAGUUCAUUGAAGCAAAUUAACAAACACUAGGUAGCCCUCAAAUCUGGAGCUUCAGGAAACAUCAAAUUCUUGAAGCAAACUAAUCAUGGGUUCUCUAACUACUGGUUUUCUCACUUCUUCACUUUCUGGCCAGCAAUUCUCUCUUUCCCCACACAGAACUAGACGAAUCAGAAAGAAAAACCAAGCUGUUUUUCCUGUUGCUAGGUUGUUCGGGCCAGCCAUGUUUGAAGCUUCGAAGCUGAAGGUUUUGUUCUUGGGAGUGGAUGAAAAUAAGCACCCUGGGGAUCUUCCAAGGACUUACACGCUAACUCAUAGUGAUAUCACCUCUAAAAUCACUCUGGCUAUCUCCCACAACAUAAACAAUUCUCAGUUGCAGGGGUGGUACAACAGAUUGCAAAGGGAUGAAGUGGUGGCACAGUGGAGGAAGAUCAAGGGAAACAUGUCUCUCCAUGUUCAUUGUCAUAUCAGUGGAGGUCAUUUCCUGCUAGAUCUAUGUGCUAAGCUAAGAUACUUCAUCUUCUGCAAAGAGCUUCCAGUGGUAUUGAAGGCCUUCAUUCACGGCGAUGAAAAUUUGUUCAACAACUACCCGGAGUUGGAGGAAUCAUUGGUUUGGGUUUACUUUCACUCAAACAUCUCAGAAUUCAACAAGGUGGAGUGUUGGGGUCCACUUAAGGAUGCUUGUGCAACAUCAAUUGGGUCCUACUCCUAUGACAAGGGUAUGCCUCAAACUCAGCCAUGCCAACAAAACUGCGAGUGUUGCUUUACACCGAUGAGCUCAAGUGAUUGGAUUGGAACCCAACAAAAAUUGUGAACUCUUCAUGUAUUCAUUAAGAAAAGAAUAUGAAAUUGAACCCUUCGAUGUGAAGGGGCUGCUAAGGUGCAAGACUAAGUCUUGCAAGUCUUGCACUGGUGCAACACAUGAUGUAAAUAUAAAUACAACACUAGCUUAAUUUUUCCCUAUGUUUCUGUAAAUAUACAGGUCAAUAGUGAAAUUCAUCUUUCAAAUCAA